AUGAAGGAAGAACAUGAAAUUCAUUUGAAACGAGAAAUGGAAGAAAAAAGUAUUGUAAUAGAAAUUCCUGAAAUUUUAAAAAAGAAGCUUGAAGAGGAUUGCUACUACAUAAAUAAACGCAAACGACUGGUCAAACUGCCUUGUCAGACCAACAUCAUCACCAUUCUGGAAUCAUAUGUGAAACACUUUGCAAUUAAUGCAGCCUUUUCAGCUAAUGAGAGAAUAAGGCAUCACCAGACCACUUCCAAUGUCAACAUGAAUGUACAUUAUAUUCCACCAGAGAAAAACGUUGAACUUUGUAAAGAAAUGGUGGAUGGCUUAAGAAUUACCUUUGACUUCACCCUUCCGCUUAUACUUCUGUAUCCCUAUGAGCAAGCACAGUAUAAAAAAGUUACGUCGUCUAAAUUUUUUCUUCCUAUAAGAGAAGUGGUAUCUUCUGGCAACAGGAACCAGGAGGAAGUAUCACCAAGCCCUCCGCUUUUAAACCCUCCAACUCCCCAAUCCACAGAUAGCCAACCUACCACUGGAGAAUCGGCUACUCCUAAAAGACGGAGGACGGAACCAGAUAUUUUACAGUCCUUAAGACGCUCAACACGUCACAGUACGAGCUGUGAUAGGAUGUCAGAAAGUAGUGCUUCUCCGCAACCCAAGCGUCGCCAUGCAGAGACUCCAACAUCGAUGCCAAAAUUGUUUCUGCAUUUGGAGAAGAAAACACCUGUUCAUAGUGGUUCAUCAUCACCAAUUACUUUAACUCCAAGCAAAGAAGGUAGUUCCGUAUUCUCUGGACUUGAAGGGAGACGAAACAAUGAACUCAAUGAGGUGUUGUCUUGGAAACUAAUGCCAGAAAAUUACCCUCAAAGUGAUCAACCCCCACCUCCUUCUUACAUAUAUGGGUCACAACAUCUGCUCCGCUUGUUUGUGAAACUUCCUGAUAUAAUGGGAAAAAUGUUCUUUGAUGAGAAGAACUUAAAAGUUUUGCUCAAGCAUUUUGAAUUGUUUCUAAGAUUUCUUGCUGAGUAUCACGAAGACUUCUUUCCAGAAUCUGCCUAUGUGACUGCCUGUGAAGCCAACUACACCACCAAGAACCCUCGUGCCAUUUACUGA